UUUCAUUUGCUAAGUAUAUCGAAAGUUUGAUCGAAAUUAUACAAUUACGUCUACGCCACAUCGAACAAGUACUGCUACGGUCAGCACACGCCAUGACCCAAACAACUUUGCUUCAAUAUGAAGCACCCUGGCCUGUACACGCGCUCGAUUGGUGCAAGUCAACUGCACCUGGACAUCAAUCUCGUCCACGAUCGGCUUUCCGUCUCGGAAUUGCAUCCUUCUCUGAAGACUAUCGGAAUCGGAUUGCUAUCGUAGGACUUCAAGAUGAGCGGGUCCUUGUUGAAGAUGAUUAUACCGAUUACCCCGACUUUGUAACAUUGGUAGAGGCGAACCACGGAUACCCAGCCACCAAUCUCCAAUGGCAACCUGCGAGUGCAAGCGGCUUCUCGUGGACUGGUAAAGCGCCAGCUGCAGAGCUGCUUGCCACAACUGGAGAUGCGUUGAGGGUAUGGGAGUAUUUUGGAGAUGCACCAGCAGCGUCGUCGGCUUAUGUUGGGAGACAGCCCACGGGCGCAGGGCAUCGGUUGACACUUAAGACGGCACUACAAUCCAAAGUGCAAAGCCAAUCCACCGGACCACCAUUAACCAGCUUCUCCUGGAACGAGAAAGCCCCCAGCUUAGUUGUCACGUCAUCAAUAGACACGACGUGUACCGUCUGGAACAUCGAUACGUCCACUGCCAUAACACAACUCAUUGCUCACGAUCGAGAAGUUUACGACGUUGCGUGGCUUCCGGGAUCUACAGAUAUAUUCGUAUCGGUCGGAGCAGAUGGUAGUCUUCGUGCGUUUGACCUACGGACGGUCCGCCCGCAGCCUCAGCAUCAUCGCGUCUACCUACAUCACCGCUUACUACGCAUUGCAUUCAAUCCCGCUGACUCAAAUUACAUGUCCACGUUUCAUAUGGAUGGACAGGAUGUGCAGAUUUUGGAUAUGCGGAGUCCUGGUCAGCCGGUGAUAGAACUGAGAGGGCAUCGCGCGCAGGAUAGACCAACACUGGCUACCGCAGGGGAUGAUUGCCAAGUUCUACUUUGGGACCUUGCUACCUACACACAAACGGCAACCUCUCCUCGCACUGCAAAUUCUCGCUUAAAUUCACCGCGUCCAGACGUGAAGAAGCGUGUGGUUACCGAUCCGAUUAUGGCGUAUUCUGCGAGCAGCGAAGUGACCAACCUCGCAUGGUCUCCGCAGAUACCAGGGAUGACGAUGAAUACGGGACAUUCGACAGCGCCUGGAGAGUGGCUAGCGAUUGCGAGCGGGAAGUCUAUCAAGGCGCUGAAGGUGUGAAUUUAAUUCACUGGAGGAUGGAUACUGUAAUUGUACUUCACAUGGGAGUGCGCUUGGGCUUUUGAACUGUCCACUCUAUGGCCAUGACAGAUGAUGCAUAUGAUCUGGCUCUUCUUUUUUUCGCGCUAUCUUCGCUAUCUCACAAAGGCGCACCCACAGCUUGUUCUUAUAUACCUCAUGUCUCGUGAAUUAUGUCGAUUGAGGUGUAAAAAUAGGUGAUGUUGUCACGGUAUCUGUGCUCAUAGGAUGAGGCUACUCGAACAGCCGUUACAAUAUUUCACAGGUUCUCCGUCUUGAACGUCCUGAAACCGCGGGAAUACCCCUGAACAGGAAUAUAAAUAGAAUGCCAUGAUCCACCUCUUUCAUUUCUGGAAAUCGAGCAGAUAAGAACUUAUCAUUGACUCGGAUAUGGCAAUUGCCCGACUACCGUAGGCUAGAUCUCACAUGUCGCAGGUACUUUUGCCUGGCCUCGAUUGCU